GGCCUUCUCUCCCCUCCCCCUUCCAUUCGAAUGAUAAAGGGCCCGACCAGCCUCCCCCCGCCCGGCCUCAGGCCCCGGCCCUACCUCGCCACACUGCCCACUGCCUCGCGCCCUCCACCGGGCCAGGCCCCUGCCCACGUUGCCCGUCUACCCUGCAUGGGGCCGUGCAGCAACCCACGGCUGGGACUUCCCAGGGCGGAGUCGCCCUCCCAGCCCCCAAGGAGGAGGAAGAAGAGAUACCUGCGGCAUGACAAGCCCCCCUACACUUACUUGGCCAUGAUUGCCCUGGUCAUCCAGGCCGCGCCCUCCCGCAGGCUGAAGCUGGCCCAGAUCAUCCGUCAGGUCCAGGCCGUGUUCCCCUUCUUCAGGGACGACUACGAGGGCUGGAAAGACUCUAUCCGUCAUAACCUCUCCUCCAACCGGUGCUUCCGAAAGGUGCCCAAGGAUCCUGCGAAGCCCCAGGCCAAGGGCAACUUCUGGGCGGUUGACGUGAGCCUGAUCCCAGCCGAGGCGCUUCGGCUGCAGAACACAGCCCUGUGCCGACGCUGGCAGAGCAGGGGUGCGCGGGGGGCUUUCGUCAAGGACCUGGGCCCCUAUGUGCUGCACGGUUGGCCUUACCGACCUCCCAGCCCCCAGCCACAGCUCAGCGAAGGCUUCAGCAUUAAGUCUCUGCUGGGGGACCCAGGGGAGGGGGCGCCACGGAGCAGCCCAGGUCCAUCAGUACACAGCGGAGAGGAGGUGGUGCACACACCACCCCUGCCCUCUGAAAGGCCUCUGUGGCCCCUCCAUCCCCUUGCUGCACCCAUGAGAAUGGAAGGGGAGAGUUCCCAAGGGGGAACUAACAGGCCCUCGCCCCUCACUUCUGAGCCACGAACCUGGCCCCUUCACUUACUGCAGGGUACCCCAGACCCUGGGGGUCUGUCCGGUGGGAAUCACAGGGCCUCACUUUGGGGACAGCUGCCCACCUCCUACUUGCCCAUCUAUACUCCCAAUGUGGCAAUGCCCUUGGCCCCACUCCCACCCAAUUCCUGCCCCCAGUGCCCACCUGCCAACAGCCCAGCCUACUGGGGGGUGACCCCUGAAACCCAUGGCCCCCCAGGGCUGCCCUGGGAUCUAGAUGCUCUCUUCCAGGGAGUGCCACCCAACAAGAGCAUCUAUGAUGUGUGGGUUAGCCGACCCCGGGACCUGGCUGCCUCCACCCCAGGCUGGAUGUUCUCUUGGUACAGCCUGUGAGACCCCGGAGCAAGGGCUGCUUUCCU